CUGAGGAAGGUUUAGCUUGUGCUCAAGUUCGACUGUGAUUUGACUCUUCUCGGAGGACCGCGUUUUUGCCGGAAGACUCCUCGCCGCUGUUUAUUGUGGAGCCUUGAAUUGUGUCGGGGAAGCGCGGGUUGUCAUUUUUCUACAAGCCUUUACGUCCGAAGGGAAAAUUUAUCUUAACUUCUCAUAGCAGACUAACAUCUUGGAGAGGUGAGCCUGAACCCAGAGCUGUACAUACGGUUUAUCAGAAUGUGUGGAGGUAAAGCCAUCUGAAGGAAAUUCAAGACCACAAAAUUUACUGACUGAAAUACAUUGUAUUGUUCAUACCAAGAAUAAGUGCAUUUGGAGAAAGAUCUUUUUAUUCUGCUAAAUCAUGAUGGAAGCAGAAGAGCAACAUCAGCCAUGGAAGACAACCUUCUACUCAGAAUUACCUAAAGUGGAACUUCAUGCCCACUUGAAUGGAUCUAUUAGUUCUAAUACCAUGAAGAAAUUAAUAGCCAAGAAGCCAGGUAUUAAAAUCCAUGAACAGAUGACGAUGAUUGACAAGCAAAAGAAAAGAACUUUAGAAGAAUGUUUCCAGAUGUUUCAAAUUAUUCAUCAGGUUACUACCAGCCCUGAAGAUAUUCUAAUGGUCACAAAAGAUGUCAUUAAAGAAUUUGCAGAUGAUGGUGUUAAGUACCUGGAACUAAGGAGCACACCCAGAAGAGAAAAUGCUACAGGUAGAAUUUAAUUACUCUCCAGCAAA